AGUCGCCCAGUCUCCCAGCUAGACCUCUCAACAAGGUGUCUGCCCGGCCACCGCCGUCGCACGCGACAAGUCUGCCCCGUAGACACCCGCCCUGUCCCGGGUCCCUUGACCGAACUUCUCCCCCGGUGAUACCAGCCCGCUUUUUUUCGGCCAUGGCAACGAGUGCGAAGCGAAAGCAGGAGGAGACUCAUCUGAAGAUGCUCCGGGAAAUGACUAGCCUGCCCGCGAAUAGGAAAUGCUUCGACUGCGACCAGCGCGGCCCGACCUAUGUCAACAUGACAGUGGGCUCCUUCGUCUGCACCACCUGCUCUGGGAUCUUGCGAGGACUGAAUCCCCCACACAGAGUGAAGUCCAUCUCUAUGACCACGUUCACACAUCAGGAAAUCGAGUUCCUACAGAAACACAGCAAUGAGGUCUGUAAACACAUCUGGUUGGGCCUCUAUGACGACAGGACAUCAGUUGUUCCAGAUUUCCGAGAACCGCAGAAAGUAAAAGAGUUUCUUCAGGAAAAAUACGAAAAGAAAAGAUGGUAUGUUCCUCCAGACCAGGCAAGAUCAGUAGUAAGUGUCCAGGCCUCUGUGUCCGGCUCCUCUGCCAGCAGUACUGGUAGUACCCCAGAAGUCCAACCCCUCAAGACCCUGCAGCUCAACAAGACCCCGCUGCGCCAGUCUCCAGGGCUUGCUCGUUCCCAGGCUCACAGCGCUGCUCAGGAGAAGAAAUUUGACUUGCUCUCUGACCUGGGAGGAGACAUCUUUGCUGCCCCACCCACUCAAACUUCCAGUUCUGCAAACUUUGCCAACUUUGCACAUUUUCCAAGCCAGUCGGCACCUCAGGGUAAUUCAAAUACCAACUUUGCCAACUUUGAGGCAUUUGGAAACACUGCAAUUCCAUCCCAUCUGAGCACGUCACCCCCCUCAAAGUCCUUUUCAUCAGGGGGAGGCGUUCCAAUCCCGACAAUGUCUAGUGCCGUCCCUGCCCAGUCCCAGAUAGGAAGCUGCACAGAGGAUCGCUAUGCUGCUCUGGCUGAGUUGGACAACGAGCUCAGCACCACUGUCUCCACAGGCAGCAGUGUGCAGGGGAACAUAUUUGGACCAGUGCUUGGUUCAUCGCCAGCCCAGAAUGCUCCUGUGUUACCCAGCAUGCAGCCUGGCUUUGGAGCCGUCCCAUCCACAAAUCCUUUCGUUGCUGCAGCCGUUGCCCCGGAGAUGGCCACCAACCCUUUCCAGACCAAUGGCAGAGCUCCAGCUGCAGCCUCGUUUGGCACUGGCUCUAUGAGCAUGCCCGCCGGCUUUGGGAAUGCGUCUUCCUACUGCCUCCCGACCAGUUUCAGCGGAAACUUCCAGCAGCAAUUCCCUGGCCAGGCCCCCAUCCCUUACUCUCAACCUGGGGCCUACCACCCUCAGUCUAAUGGCCCUGCAUUCUCAGUCUACGGCCAGAACAAGCCCACGAUGACGCCCUUUGGGCAGCCCAUGGCUGGCCCUGGCAUGUCCAAUAAUCCAUUCAUGGCGGGAGCCCCAGCCGGGUCGUUCCCUUCAGGGGGUUCAUCCACCAACCCUUUUCUGUAGCACAGCUCCCACUCGUCGCCACCAGAGGGCAGCAUGCAGCACAUAUUCAACGCACCCGUUCCGUCAUGCAAUUAGAGGCAGUACGUUUUUUAAAAAAGACUUUUUUCUUUUUCGUUUUUUCAUUAAAAAAAGUUUACAACACUAUGAAGGAGUACAAAGGACAAUACUGAAGACUAAGGGACUUUUGUUGGGGAAAAUGUACUGUUUGGACUAUAUACAUUAUAUGCUUUUUAUUUUUUUGUUUAUGACUGUAAGCUCUGUGCAUAUCAUCAUUUGUAGCCACAAGUAAGUACAUGUUAUGUAUAACAAGGACUGAGUUAACAAAAAGGUGAGUAUACACACACCUUGUGGGAAAAAACCCACUACAGACUAUCUUCAUAGGUAAGGGUAUACACUUUAAGAUUAUUAACAGGGUUCCAUCCAAAUCCAUGAUCUGUGGUUUUAAGCAACCACAAUGAUGCAGGGAUUUCAUUUUCAAAAGGGAAUUUUUUUCUUCUUUCAGAAUAAUUGCUUUUAUGAUGGCACUACGGAGCAAAAUGCCCUUUAUUAUCCUUAAGAUCCAGUUCCAAGUUGCCCGUAACCCAAAGCAACCAAAUCCACAUGUUUUUGACUUAGAGUAACAUCUCAAGCUGGUGGAUGGGACAAAGCAUUGAUCCUAGGCUAUUAGUCAUUCUUUUAAAUAUUGGCAAUAUUGUAAAAAAUUAGCAGAUGUUCAAUUUUGGUUUGAAACCAAGGGCAGCUCCUUAAAUAUGAGGCCAGCAGAGACGUCAGAUGCUUUAGCCCGCCAAGUAAAAGGACAGGUAUGUUUACUAGAGCACAAACGGAGGAAGAGUCAAGAGAUGCAGACAUGAAGAUGAGUAUUUCUUUGUCCUUUUAAAGUACCUUAGCUAAUCUGUAAACAUUGUUAAAAUUGUUAACGAUAGUCUCAUUAACCCCUCCUGCUGGUUGAAGAUGUCAGAGGAGCAAAUUUCAGAUAUUCACUAUAUUUUAUGACUGUGGUAAAGACAAAAGGAACGACUGUUAUGAAGCUUCAGGGUUGUGGGUGUGACCCAGAACAAGUGAAGCAGUUAUUCACAUGGUUGCCCUUGACUUGUCCUCUUGACAGGGAAUGACAGGUUUACCAGAGCCUGCCGAGGCAAAAAAACAAACAAAAAUUGGAAACAGAAUAUUUAUGAAAUAUGAGUUGUGUUGUAUUUGCCACACUCCCUCGAAAUCUGUUUCCUUCUUUGCCUUCUGAUCAAAAAGGAUUUGGAGUGAAGAAGAGGAUGAGGAGACAUAUUGAUCUCCUCUCAGGUUGCUUUAAACUAAGGCAAGGGAAAAGAACAGAUUCAUUUAGGGACUGUUGCAUCUCUGGGUCACAUGGGACUCCGGAGAGUCGGGUCUCUAUUGUGCCACCAAUGACUAACAAUGAAUUUGACAAUGUGUUUCUUGUCUUUACAAGAAAAUAGGUAAGUAAAUGUGUACAUAUAUAAAUAUAUGUAUAAAUAAAUUAAAAGAUU